AUGGGUCCCACCAGACCAGACCGCGCCGCCUUGCUGCGCCUGCGGGCCGGCUGCGUUUCGACUGCUGCUCGAGGACACGCUAUGAGACGCUGUGCAUCUCCCACCUGCGGCCGAUGUGGAGACCCCGAGACCCUGGAGCACCUCCUCUGUGCCUGCCCUGGCCUGGCACAGGAAAGUUCGAGGGUCAUCACAGCCUACUGCAGACAGGGCCUACCCGCCGCCACCUUGUACCACCUGCUCUACCCGUCCCGUCCACACCUGCCAGCGCUGCGGAGUUCGGUCAUCUCCAACCUGCUGUAUGAGCGCCGCUUCGGUCCGUACUUCGUGCAGCCCAUAGUGGCCUGCUUGUACCGGGUGACAAAUGAGCCCUACCUCUGCGUGAUGGACCUGAUAAGCUGUAUCGACGGGCCGACCGACUUAGUUGUCUCGGGUAUGUGCGAGGAGCAGUGCUACGGCAUGUGCGAGACGCUCUGGGAACCCGACAUGGGGCCUGACGAACUGUUCGAGGCGACCGCGCAGGCACUCAUGAAUGCCUUCAAUAGAGACUCCGCCUCGGGUUGGGGUGGCGUUGUGCACAUCAGCGAGAAGGAUAAGGUCACCACCAAGUACCUCAAGACCAGGAUGGACUGAAAAGAACAUUGGCGAC